UCCUACUAGUUAAAAUUAAAAUUUCCGCAAUCUCCCUUCUAAUUUUAAAACACCCUAAUCCUUUAGGGGGAGAAAGGGGAAAGUUUCCCUUUUCCUCUUUCUCUAAUUUAAUCAAUUUAUCUCCUCCACAAUCCCCUAAUCGCAUAGGUUCCUCAAAUAUUUAAUUUUACAUUUUUUUUACAAUUUAAUUAAUUUCUAUGAGGAAGCUGUGCCCUAACCUUGACAAUCAAGAUGGCCUGGCUACCGUCCUCGAGGUGCCGAUUCCGGAGGAAAUGUUCACCAGCAUGGGCAGCAGCGCCGAGUUGCAGUGGGCGAAUCUCCGUUCUUCCAUGAAAGCUCAUCUCUCGUCAGGAUCAAACAAUGAGUUCAUGGCAUUGCUCAAGCUUGUGGGCUGUCCUCUCAUCCCCCUUCAGGUUCAUUGCGACAAUGCACUCUCCCGCCCUAUCAAAGACUGUUCAAUCGAGGCUUCGACGGCGCAUUAUAUAGUGCAACAAUAUGUGGCGGCGACCGGGGGACUGGCGGCGUUGAAUUCGGUGAAUAGCAUGUGUGCCGUUGGGGAGGUGAAGAUGGUGGGAUCGGAAAUGCACCAAGGUGAUAACGAUAGUGUACACGUUCAGAGCAAAGGCAAUGGCGAGGUUGGUGGGUUUGUCCUAUGGCAAAAAGACCCCGACCUGUGGUACUUGGAAUUGUUUGUUUCCGGCUUCAAAGUCAGUGCUGGAAGCGAUGGCAAGGUCGCAUGGAAUCAAUCCGGCUCGCAACCUUGCCAUGCCAAUAAAGGGCUCCCAAGACCCCUCCGCCGCUUCUUUCAGGGUUUGGACCCAAGGAGAACAGCCAACUUGUUCCUAGACGCAGUAUGCACAGGAGAGAAAAGCAUCAACAAAGAAGAAUGCUUCAUCCUCAAGCUAGAGACUCCCACGGAAAUACUCCAAUCCCAAAGCACUCCCCAGACUGAAAUAGUCCACCACACCAUCUGGGGCUACUUCAGCCAGCGUACGGGACUGCUAAUCCAGUUCGAGGACAGCAAGCUGGUCAAGAUGAGGUCGCGAAACGACAACGUUUUCUGGGAGACGACGAUGGAGACGGUGAUCGGGGACUACAGAUACGUCGACGGGAUAAACAUAGCGCACGCUGGCAAAACGUCGGCGUUGCUGUACAGGUACGGACACGCUUACAACCAGAAGAGGAGGAUUGAGGAGACGUGGAAGAUUGACGAGGUGGAUUUCAAUAUUCGUGGGUUGUCCACGGAUUGCUUUCUUCCUCCGGCGGAUCUUAAGAGGGAAGAUGGCGGUGGAGAUCAAUAGUACGUACCAUACGACUGUUUGCUUUUUAAAAGAGACUGUUUUGUUUGGUCAAUUUAUUUUUACACAACCAAUACAAAAAACAAAAAACCAAAAAGAAAGAAGGCGAAGGGAGAACUGCAUGUACAUAUAGGUAAAAGCAAAACUGUUUUUUCUCAUCAGCCUGUGGUUUUUGGAAUUAGAGAGAGCAAGAUGAAGAGAUUGAUUAAUUUUUGGAAUUAAAAUACGUCGUGUAUGUGAGUUGAUCUUGACGAUUCAUAAUUUGGACCCACGAAAUAAAUCCCACAUGCAUGCAGCAUGCGUUAUUGA